UAGUAUUCGAAAUAUUUGUUCAGGCAUGUAAUAGCCACUACCUAUGACGUCAGACAAGACCCUUCACAACAACAUGGCGGGAUCCGGGUCGAAGUCGGUUUUGUUCGUGUGCUUGGGGAAUAUCUGCAGAUCCCCCAUCGCUGAGGCUGUCUUCAGGAAGAUGGCAACUGAUGGUGGUGUUGUUGAUAAGUGGGUCAUAGACAGUGGUGCCACAUCUGACUGGAAUAUAGGCAGCUCACCGGACGAACGCGGUCUGGCCUGUCUAAGGAAGCAUAGGAUUGAGACAAGCCACAGGGCCCGACAGGUGACGAAGGACGACUUCCUGAGCUUUGAGUACAUUCUCUGCAUGGACGACAGCAAUUUGAGCGAGUUGGAGAGGAGAGCUAAACUGGCGAAAAACAACCAAGCAAAGAUUGAGCUUCUCGGUACUUAUGACCCCGAAAAGCAGAGGAUCAUCAAAGACCCGUAUUACGGGGGUGAUGAAGACUUUGAGAAGGUAUACCAACAGUGUGUACGAUGCUGCAAAGCAUUCCUGGAAAAUAACUCCUAACAACAACAACAACAACAACAACAACCCUAAAUCCUCUGUACUCAAUCUGUUGAAUGAACAUGAAAAAUCUUCCAUACAUGCUUCAGCUGUAACACACAACCUCUUGUCUGUAUAACCGUCUCACGCAUGUUGCUGAAAGAACCAGGACACUUUGUUUCAGUCUUGUUAAUGUUAUACAAACUACACAUUGUGCACAUCUAGAAAGAUGCGUGGGGAGACAUGUCAACUGUAAAAAUCAGGAGAUUAAUAAAAUAUAUAAAUAAACAGAA